UCUCAAAAUUACCCCUUGAUGUACAGUUAGUUAAUGAAGAGUCGCGAAGGAGCUUUCUAUUCGAAUCUCUUUCAUAUUCAAUUCAAUUCACUAAGCAAGAAAAGCAAAAAAAAAUUUGACGGCUGAGUUUUCCCUCUCUUUUCAAAAUCCUUUCUAAACACUUCCCGCUCCUUAAAAAACUCUGAAUAGCUAGCUAGCUUCUUCCAAAUUUCAAAUCCCUCCCAUUCAAUUGCCAGUAAAUAGUUCACAAGACCGAAACGGAGUUUCUGAUUCUUUGAAUCCAUUCUCUAUGUCAAAUUUUCUCUUAUUCAAUGAAUACCUAUUUGAUCGAAGCCCGAGAAACCGACUCGGGUCCUUCUCAAAACCUUCAUCAGUCGUCGCAUGAAGGAACGCUGAAUGAACACUCUUUGAUUUCUUUAUCUUCACCUGUUUCGGCUAAAGUCCCUUCUACUUCAAAAACCCUUGAUGAGUCUUCUUCGUCAAUGGAAGAUAUUGAAACCCUGGAUGAUAAUCAUGAUGGGUCUCCAGAAGCAAUAAGUCCCCAAGAAAAUCUAUUGGACUGUGAUGAUGUUGAAGUAGACAACGGCGAAGAAAUUUAUAGUAAUUCUUUACGAUCGUACUCGAAUUCACGGUCAAAGAAGCUGUGGCCUAGUGGCAACAUUCCGUGGCCUUCUCGCCGAGAAUUUGCACCAAUCGGGCCUAGUGGAGUGGGUGCAGGGCUUGAAAAUCUAGGGAACACAUGUUUUAUCAAUGCAAUUCUCCAAUGUUUCACUCAUACUGUGCCGUUUGUUCGAUGUCUUCGUACUUGCAAUCAUGUAAAGCCAUGCGAUGGUGCUAGUGAAGGAUUCUGUGUUAUUUGUGCGCUUUGUGAUCAGAUUGACCUUUCGUUAGCUUCUUCAGGAAAAGUUGUCUCUCCUUCAAAACUUGUAGAGAAUUUGCACAACAUUUCAUCUUCCUUUGAAAGAUACCAGCAAGAAGAUGCCCAUGAGUUCCUGUAGUGUUUGUUAGAUAGACUUGAAAGAUGCUGUUUGGAUUCUAAGAAAUUAGAUGAGAGUUUGUCUUCCAAAGAUAACAACAUAGUGGAGCAGAUUUUUGGUGGUCGUCUUAUUAGCAAAUUGCAGUGCUGCAAUUGUGGUCAUUGUUCUGACACAUAUGAACCACUAGUUGACUUGAGUUUGGAGAUUGAAGAGGUUGGCUCUCUUGAAGCUGCUCUAAAAUCUUUCACUAAGCUGGAAAAGAUUGAAGAUCCAGAGGCGAAGUUUACUUGUGAGAACUGUAAGGAAGAAGUGUCAGUGGAAAAAAAGCUUAUGCUGGACCAGGCUCCUUUGGUUGCUGCAUUUCAUUUGAAACGAUUCAAGACUGAUGGAUCAUAUGUUGUGAAGAUUGAUAAGCAUGUUGAAUUCCCGUUGGAACUUGAUUUGUGGCCAUACACCAGUGGUUGUCAAAACAUUGAUGCGGAGUUAAAGUAUCAUCUAUAUGCAAUUGUGGAGCACACUGGGCGUUUACCAACUUAUGGGCACUAUUUUUCUUACAUUCGAUCCUCACCAGACACAUGGCACAAGCUAAAUGAUUCAAGGGUCACUAGGGUCAAUGAGGAUGUUGUUCUUUCCCAGGAUGCCUAUAUUCUGUUCUAUGCCAAGCAGGGCACUCCCUGGUGUUCAAGUUUGUUAGAAGCUGAGAAGUGCUUGGAUACCAUUCCCAAUUCAUCACCCAAAUCUGUUCUAGAUAAUAGGGAUGGUGGUUUCAGUCACUAUUGUAGGGUAACAAAUGCUGAAAUCAAUGAAUCCAGAGAUACUUCUGGAGGUAGUUCUAGUAAUGUCUCAUGUGAAACAAGACUGAAAGCUGUUAAGGUCAAUGUAACUAGGGAUACUAUGGAAGGAAUUUCUGCAUCUUUUACCUCAGGAUCAAGGCAGAAUGUGUCCAAACUUGAGAUUAGAGAUGAUUCUCCCAUGAUUGAUGCUUCAAAGCCUGUUAGAAUGAGUGAUUGUAAUGGAGUCCUUUCUUAUAAGGAAAGUAAAAGCACCAAGGGUGUUAACAAAGUUAACACCAAUGAUGGUUUCUGUCCUUUGACGCCAUCCCGAUCACCUAGUCCAGAUGAUUAUCCUAGCAAUCCUACAGAAACCUUCUGUGUCCCUCGAAAGCAUCUAAAACUGGAUCAUUUGACAUUGGAGAGUAAGGUCAACGGUAAAAGACAAUUAGAAAGGGUUGGUAAGGCUAUUGAGAGACAGGAAGCUAUUCGCUGCCUUAAGAGAAAUAUGACUGGUUCAAGGUGUUUGAAGUUUAUGGCUGCUAUAACUGAUGGUUCUAUGAACAAGAAAAGAGGAGUUAAAUCAUCUUCAUGUAAAAGGUCUAGUCCACAAAGUGCUAGCCGCAAACGCAGCCAUAGUUCAGUGAUGCAGCGGGUGGCAAUAUGAAGCUACAGUUAAAAGAUUUUGCAUAUAAAAUAUUGCAUUGAUCUUGUAUCUACUGGAAAAUGUAAAGUUCAGUGUUAAUGUGAACAGUAAUUUUGCCAUA